AUCAGAAAACAUAACCCUCUUUCUCUCUCGACCGAACACCUGUUCGAUCUCGCCUUCUCUUUCGACCAUUGCUCCCUUUUCUCCAAAUCUAGGGUUUCGUUUCCUCUCAUCUUCCCCGUCUCCAUCUCCUUCAUCUCUUCUCCAUCAAUGCCUUCGAUUAUUAUUCUCGUUUUCUAGGGUCUGGGCGCUUCCGGCGGCUCCCAGGCUCUCUCUUUCUCUCUCUCUUUCUCACUUGUUGUGUUAGCAGAGAAGGGGCGGUGGUGGUCAUGAUGAUCCUUUCAUCGACGGGAGAAUGAGUGGCCAGCGGCGUGGCAUUGAGGCCUCGGUCAUGGAUCUGGGCUCGUUCAUGGUCGUUCCCGCCGUCGAAUGCCGGUUUCGCCUGCGAUCGGCAUUCGAUUCCUUCUCCAUUGCCUCCGAGUCCUUCUCUGAAUCGUGUCGCCGGAGCCGUAUGAUCGAACAAGUGGCUACUGGUUUUCUGCAGGCUUGAGGGAGAAGAGCUGCACUUCGUGGCCUUCCCCUUCUCUUUGUUUUUUCUUCUCUUGUGUUCUUUUUAGGUUUGGGAGAAAGAUUGUUCCUUUGUGCUUGCUAACUUGUAGAUUUCAUAGAUGGAUUCCGUUAGUUAUGCUUGUGGCUCCGAAGUGGAACACGAGGAAACCGAUCCUACUGGUCGCUAUAUUCGGUACAAAGAGGUAUUAGGGAAGGGAGCUUUCAAGACAGUUUAUAAGGCAUUUGAUGAGGUUGAUGGAAUUGAAGUUGCAUGGAACCAAGUGAGGAUUGAUGAGUUAUUGCAAUCACCAGCAAACCUGGAAAGGUUGUAUUCUGAAGUUCAUUUGUUGAAGUCUUUGAAGCAUGAGAACAUCAUCAAGUUUUAUGGCUCAUGGGUGGACGAAAAAAUGAAGACAAUUAACAUUAUCACGGAACUCUUCACCUCAGGAAGUUUGAGACAAUAUUGUAGGAAACACAAAAGUGUGGAUAUUAAGGCAGUUAAGAAUUGGGCGAGGCAAAUUCUUCGAGGAUUGGAAUUCCUUCAUGGGCACAGUCCACCUAUUCUGCAUAGAGAUUUGAAAUGUGACAAUAUCUUUGUCAAUGGAAAUCAUGGUGAAGUUAAAAUUGGAGACCUGGGAUUGGCUAUUGUUAUGCAACAGCCUACUGCUCGCAGUGUGAUUGGUACUCCUGAAUUCAUGGCCCCUGAGCUCUAUGAAGAAGAGUAUAAUGAACUUGUAGAUGUUUAUUCGUUUGGAAUGUGUAUGUUGGAGAUGGUAACUCUUGAAUAUCCAUAUAAUGAGUGCAAAAAUACAGCUCAAAUUUACAAGAAAGUUACUUCUGGGAUAAAGCCUGCAUCACUUGCGAAAGUAACAGACUGUCAAGUUAAAGAAUUUAUUGAGAAAUGCCUUGCACCCGCUUCUGAGAGAUUGUCUGCCAAAGAGCUCUUAAAGGACCCAUUUCUUCAACAGAACAUUCCCAAGGAGAAUGUUCAUGAUAUUGUUCAGCUAUCAAAUGCCAUGACUUCUUCAAUUGAUUUGACAAGCCCAGAUUCAUUGUUAUCUAUGGAUUUAGAUUCGAACUACAAGCAGCUUCCCCUGAUAAAUCUCCCUGGGAACCAAGGAGCUCCACGUGCCCAAUGUUUGGAGUUUUCUAGGACAAACCAGAAUAAGGAAUAUAGAUUGAAAGGGGAGAAGGUGGAUGAGAAGUCAAUCUAUCUGGUUCUGAGGAUAACUGACUCUUGUGGUCGGGCAAAAAAUAUUCAUUUCCAAUUUUUCUUAGACACUGAUACAGCUGUUUCAGUUGCUAGUGAGAUGGUUGAGGAACUAAAUUUGUCGCAUGAUGAUGUGAUCUUCAUAGCUGACUUUAUUGAUUAUUUGAUUAUGAAACUUGUGCCUGGCUGGAGGCCUUCAACGGAUUGCUCCUCUUGCGACACUAUGAGCCCAUACAAGGGACAAAGCGCUUGUGCAAACAGUGAAUUCUCAGUUCCUUGCAAUGAUUCCACUCACUCAGCGUUUGAAGUUAUGUCUGAUUUGAAUUUGAAUUUCUCUGUUGAGGAAUCUGUGCAGUCCCUUGGAGUUGAUUCGUUUGAGAAAGGUGACAUCUUUAGUCAGGCUAAUGAGGAAGAUCAAGGUUCUCAUGGGUCGGCGUUAUCAUUUCUCUUUGCUGAAAGCUGCAAGAGCGCGAGUGGCUAUGCAAGCGACAUUGACAUGGGAGUUGUUGAUUCCUUUGGUUAUAAAGCCGAAGAUGAUAACAGUAGCACUGCAGGGAACCAGUUUUUAGAUGGAGUUGAUGAUAACCUCAAACAAGAGCUUGACAUGAUAGAAGCACAAUACGAACGAUGGUUUUAUGAGUUAUCAAAGAUGCGCCAGGAGGCUUUGGAGAAUACCAAGAAGAGGUGGCUGGCAAAGAAGAGAAAUGUUUGAUUUCAUUGUUAAUUUUCUUCUGCAAAACAUUCUUUUGUUUCAUUUCAUGGAUUGUUUUUCUCGUUCUGUUAUGUGUGGGUAUAUAAUAUAACCAGUGGUGAAAUAGAACGCCAGCCAUCAAUGGCUGUCUUCUCCUGUAUUUAUGAGA